AUGAAUAUCGUUAUAGAACCUUUUACAAUACUUUUAUCAGCAUUUGCAAUAUCAAUGAAUAUAUUCCUAUUUGGGUAUUUUAUUCAUAAAAGAAUAGCCCUUACUAGUCAUCAAAUCAAACUACAAAUUUACACAUUAAUCUUUUUUAUUUUAUAUUUAUCAUACUUUAUAUCUCUUUUAAUUAAGUCCUACAAUCAACAGGUAUGGGAGUAUGACUUAUCUGAGUAUUUUAAGUCAUCAAAAAAGCUACAAAUAUUAACUGAAAGUUUUCUUAAGGGACUAGUCAUACUAAUUUUUAAUUUGUUUGUUUUAGGACUUUCCGAAUUAGACACACUUUUUAUUAAUGAAAGUAAAAUAACUAAGAUUGUUACAAUUGGAUAUUUUCUUUUAAGGAUGUAUCCAAUUGGGGUUAUCAUUACAAAGGUAAAAUCAGAUUAUGAACUAGCCAUAACAUUUUAUGAAUCAUUUGCUAUUGCCGAAUCAGGAAUUCUUUUAUUAGGAUUUAUUUUUUUAUUAAAUAGAUUUUUACAUGUUGAUAGUGAAUUAAUAGAAAAUAACAUAAUUGAUAGGUUUGCACUACAAAAGUUAAUUAACAAGUUAAAAAUGAUUUGUAAAAUAAUUUUAUUUGGAUUGAUUGGUGAUAUUGUUUACAGAAUUAUACUAAUUUUUUUAGCAUCAAAAGAUAAAACUAAUAAUCUUUUACUUUUAAAAGAUUUUACUUUAUUUUUAAGAAUUUCCUCUUUUGAGUCAAUAAUCAUAGGAUCACAAUUAGCCUGUUUUUUACCACUCACCAACAGUAAGAAUGUUUUAACAAUGAUAAGAGAUGCACUAAAUGAAAAGAAAGACUUAUUAAAAGAUUUAUUUGAGUACUCAACAACCAGAAUGGAAGACAGCACUUAUGAUGAUACAAAAACAGAAAAUAAUUAA